CACAACUUCAUCGACCGUCCUCUGCACCGUCACCGUAGGCCUGCAGCCAACUACGACCUUACAUUCAUACACCUCACUUGUAUAUCAAUACAUAAUAAUUCUCGACAAUCGCUCACAUCUUUGAACUAGCCUACCGCGCGAAUGCGCUAUCCUGUGGUUCUGCCAUGUCCAUUCCAGUAGACCAAACCAACGUUGCCCCGCCGAUCUUGAACAACCCCCAGCCGCGCCUUCCCGCUGAGAUCUGCGAGCGCAUCAUCGACCAUCUCGACCCUUUUUGGCUCGGAGACCAAAGACAAACUCUGUUGAACUGCGCCCUCGUUCGCCGAGGGUGGUACGCCGAGAGCCGCGCAAUCCUGUUCGAGGAGCCCAUACUCUCUACUCGGAAAGAGGCGAUCGCCUGUGCGAGGUCACUGACGCGGAUACCUCUCCUCGCUGCCCGUGUGCGACGCUUAGAGAUCGGAGCUCGAUCUCCGACUCUGGAAUCCUCUAUGACAAGUCCGGAGUUGGCAUCGAUUCUCGUGAUGCUGGCAGGAAAACUUCCCAACCUGGCCUCGCUCAGCUUCUCCGACGUCAGCUUCGAGCAGUGCUCUAUGCGCAAUUUAGCGUUUGGGAGCUUGCACGAAUUCAGUCAUAUCACAUCAUUGCGGCUAGCGAGAGUGACGUUGCCAUCGGCGAGCCCCUUCUUCCAGGUCAUCUGUUCAUUUCCUCAGCUGCAGUCCCUUCACUGCUGGGAUCUACACUGGAGCAAAUUGAGGUCCAUGGCUCCAUUGCCCGAACACCGCCGCAUGCCUUUGACGACAUUGACUUCCUUUGAAUAUGACCUGUCGUGUUUCGAAGACAUUGGACAUAUUCUUCUCGGUCUGCUGAAUCGUGCUAUCCUUACAGCACUCUAUCUAUAUUCACCAGUAUCUACGGCGGCUCUUAAUUUCACUCAAGACAUGCUGAAUAUAGCCGGAGGGAGACUUGAGGAGGCAACAACAACUUUCAGCGCGCUAGAGAAGGAUGGUGGUGGCAGCUUUCAGUCCUUGCUCUUGCACCCUAUCAGCUUUGAAUCAAAUGUCAAUCUGCGGACACUGGUAGUGGGCGCCUUCACGUCGGAUAUGAAUGACCUCACACUGUUAGUCCGGAGUGUACUGCUGCCUCUGCUCAAGACAAUAUUAUCAAAGGAUCUCAGUAACAUCUCGUUCUCCUUUUCGCCUUUAGAAUGGGAUACAGAUGCCAUGCUCAAUAUUUUCGAUCCAGAGGUCUGCGUGCAGAUUGAUGAGCUUUUGGCUGAGGAACAUUUCGCCGAGCUGGGACUCGUAUCCAUAUUUUUCUGCUUCCAGCCUGCUUUGUUGGACGACUCGCAAUGUGUUAAGUUUUGUGCGGAUAUCUGUUCCCGUUUUCCAAAAUUGAAUGACAUGAACAUAUUGACAAUCAACUGUAACAGAUACCGAUAUCCAAGUGAUACCGAGAGGGCAUUGAAGUCCAAACAAAUGGCCAAUCGCUUGUCUGACCCAGCGGAUCAAUCCACAAGAUAGCCAAUUACGGCAUUCACGGUCACCUCGUCUCGCCUUCACUUUGCUCUGCAACGUGUCGUGGAUGUGCAGCUCAUAUCUCAUAUCUCCCCUUCCCCUUCCAUCAUAUCCACAAAACAUCCAGACUUCAGCCCGAGCACCUAGUCUCGUCCAAUCCCCCUGUCCGCUCUCUUCAUGCCGUCGUCCUGGUC